AUGUCAGAUGUAGAAGGACUUACGGCACUUAUUGCAAUUGCAGGUCGACCAGGCACGGAUUACCCGGUGCUGGGAAAGGUGCCUUACACGAAUUUCUACUGUGAUGACCAGUCCUACCCCGGCUUCUUCGCCGACGUAGAGACGAGAUGCCAGGCGUGGCAUUAUUGCGACAUAGACGGUCGACAAGCAACGUUUCUCUGUCCGAACGGCACGCAAUUCAGCCAGGCGGUCUUCGUCUGCGACUGGUGGUUCAACGUGAGGUGCGAGCUUAGCCCGAAGCUCUACGCCAUCAACAGUCGACUUUACGGUACGCCCACGGAGAGCCCGACCAGACCUCACCGACUGAUCACGAAGGAGCUUCUGGAGAAUAUCUUCGUGCGUAGGAAAUGAAGCGGGCGGGCGGACGGCACGCGAUACUCGUCUCGAAACGAAGAGAAGGAGAGAGAGAGAAAGAGGGGAAACGCAAUCACCGUCGUCUCAGAAGGAAAGUACUUCCCUCGCGAUACAGGAAAUCGCAGAAAAACGUUGCGAGAUUACCGCGACGCUUAAAAAAAUAUCUCGCCGAGUCUCCAGAUACGUGCAGAAAAUGAUUCGGUCUUUCUUUAAAAAAUUCACGGACUCGGAUUUUCAUACCUUUCUCCGAACGCGGAAGCAAUCGCAGUCACUUAACUAUUCUGUCACAUCGAUCGAGAGAAGCCAGAGCGUGGGAUUCGUGCCUGGGCCCUAUCACGACUGCGGAACUUUCAAAGGAAACGAGGAGACGUUGGAGAGGCAUCUGACGAUAGCCGAUCGCGAGGAGAGCACGACGGCGCGAUUAUCCGUGACAAUCGUGGAUUCUGCGAAAGGUCGUCGCGAGAGUAUCGCGGGGGGAGGCCCGCGCUGUCGACGAUAGCGCACUCGAGCCGCUGAAUCGCGCGAUGAGCGUUCCGGGGAGAUUACCGGUGGAUAAAUCUUUGCCCAAUGAAUAUCGAAGCGAUCCUCGCCGAAGGCGAAGAACGUCCCUGCCAUUCUAGAACGGGAGAGAAUGAGAGGAAGUGUGAUGAGCACCGCUGCGUCAAUAAAAGAGGAACCGGAGGUGCAGCGCGACUUCCGUCUGCGAUCAGCCUUCCCUUCUGACGGAAGGAACCGCCCGACGCGGAAAAGCGUUCUCCGCCCGAUGCGGUUCUUAAUCGUUGAUGAGAUCCCGCUUGAAUUGACGGGAGAGUCGAGUCGUCUUCCUUCGUCUUCUCUUCUUUCGAUCGACGCUUUACAGACGUCUCUCAUCGACGGACAUUUUUCUCUCUCUCUUUCUCUUUCCAGCGCCUCGUCGAUGGACAAGAAACCUCGGAAGUUGAUCGUUACGGCGGAAGUAGCCAUCGAUACGGGCAAUACGUGCCACCGACACACCUGCGGGAAAAUCAACCGAGUGCUCCAUGAUCGAUCAUCAAACCCGGACACGACUCCGUUGGACGCUCCGACUGCGUUAUAGUCUAUUUGAUGGAUUAACGGAUGUUGCGGUUUCCUUUUUAUUUUCAGAUGACGACGUUUUGUACGUUAAAUUAUAUUUGUCGAUCUAUAAACGGGGAUUAAUAUCAGUAGUGUUCCUACUGCGAGGAGUUCAACAGCGUUUAAUCGUUUUCUUGUGGUCGCCGUCGAGAAGGGGAGUCUUCAAACACUAAAGUAAUAGAAAACGCCUACAUAAAUAGUCCAGUAUCGCCAAAAUAUUGUUAAUGCGUUAUUGUAAAAAUAAUACCGAUUGCAAAACGCACAAAAGACUAUUUGAAUAUUGUUAGCUUGUUAACAUUAUUCUACAAGUUGUUGGACGAAACAGUAGUAUAAACUGUGACCGUGCGAGAAGAGAUAAAUUAUAUUUUUAUAUUACUUUUCGAGUAUAAUUCCCAACAUAACAUAAAAAAGACGCGAGUCUCUUUCCUCUCUUCAUAAAUUAAAAAGAUAUUGCAAUUUAUAUUACUGUUUCGGCCAACAGCUUAAACUCUUAAGAAUGCAAAUAAGAUACUAAUAAUACGUAUGUUAAGAGGAGUGUAAGGAAACGAUCAUUUAAUCCGAGUAAUUAUCCGAACGGAAGAACGAUCGAAUUUUCGCGAUAAUGCGCAACGCUAUUCGCUUUGCGCGGCGAGCUGUGCUGAAGGAAGGAAUCGAAUGCGUUUCGCGCGUGGACGGCAUUUACGAGCGCACAAGUCGAUGCUUCCCGAAAUCAAUAGCCGAUAAUACGAUUGUGCAUGCCCGCCGAUUGCGAUGCCCGAGUAAAGUACCACGCAACACGCACACGAUGACAACGGCAGGCUUUUGCCGGCAAUUAGUAAUGGCGCGUCGUGCGAGAUGCGCGAUAUUGUUGCGGCCCGCGCGGAAAAAAAGCGCUGAAAUGCGAGAGCAUCGCGCGACGAAUUCUCGUCACGUUAACAAACGAGUAUGAGCACAAUCGCGCACAAUCGGUCGCAACUCUCCUGAAUCAAGUUACGCGGGCCGCGACUUUUCGUCGGGCAGAAAAAACGGUACAUACACGGAGAGAAUUUUUUGUUUAUAUUUUACCCUUAAAUUCACUACAAAUUUGAGACAACUUGGCAA